AGCCCCACACCAGAUGACGCCAUCGCGGGACCCUCCUCUCGGGCCCAGCCGUCUGAGCAGGCAGCAAGGGCGCUGCUGACACGUCCGGCUUCCGAGCAAAUGGUCGCCGAGAUCGUGUCCAUGGGCUACGAACGGGAGCAGGUCCUUGCAGCCCUGAGAGCCAGCUUCAACAACCCUCACAGAGCCGUGGAGUAUCUUUUAAUGGGACUCCCCGGAGACAGGGCAAGUGCGGCCGAGGUCGAGCCCCCUCAAGCCGGUAGCAGCGGAGCUGGUCGGUCUUCAGCGGUGGAGGCAGAUGAAGGGGCUGCGACAUCGGGUUCUGGAGGACACCCCCUGGAUGUUUUACGGAAUUUACCAGAGUUUGAAGAGUUGAGACGAAUCAUUCAGCACUUCCCAUCUUUGCUUCCAGGAGUGCUGCAACGCUUAUGUCCACAGGAUCCUCAAUUAGAAGAUCAACUUAGACAGUACCAAGAGUACUUGGUUCAUAUGCUAACUACCGAGGAGGAGGAAGAUGGCAGUGAAGGAGGAGGAGGAGGUGAAGGAGUUGACAAUGCAGAAACUGCAGAAACAGUAAGAGAAGAUGACAGCUACAUUGAAGUAACACCUCAGGAACAGGCAGCUAUAGAGAGGUUAAAGGCAUUGGGCUUUCCUGAAGGCCUUGUGAUACAAGCAUAUUUUGCUUGUGAGAAGAAUGAGAUCUUAGCUGCCAGUUUGUUAUCGAGCAGGACUUGGAGGAGGACUGAAAGGGACUCUCCUGUGGCUCACAUCUCCCGCCGUUCCAUUCGUUACGCUGACUUUGUCUCCUACAGCGUCUUGGAUGACUUGGCCUUAGGUUCACCAUACUUGGCAUCAGAACUAGAUGUUGGGGCAGGGGCGGGAGUCACACGUUGCAGGGGAUUCCGAGAUAGUCCUCACCUGCUUGGAAUGACUUUGGCUAAGGAUCUAGAGGAAUGGCAAUUUUCUGGGGCUACCUCCAUCCAGUAUGUGGAUGACCUUUUAGUGGCCUGUUGA